GGAGGAGAAGGAAGCAAACAGAAUGCUGUGGUCAUGGUAGGGGAUUGGCGGCGGGAGAGGUCGAGAGCUGGUGGGAAAUUCUUUUCAAAGCCUCCUCCACCUGCGAAUUCAAAUAACCCAAACAGCAACUGUGAAGUCGGCGACGGGAGCACCCCUUGCUGUUGCUGUUGCUGUGAUACAAGGGGAGCCAGGGGCGAGAAUCCAGAGAAGUGCUUGUUAUUAGGAUCCAAAUAAGGGAGGGAGGGAGUUGUGGAGGUAGCACUGCACAUGUAAGCGGAGACUGGUGACUCGGCGGCCACGUGGACUGCCGGUAAGAGAGACAGGGGAGUGGGAGGGCGGUGUGGUUUCUGCUCUGCAUCCCUAAUUCCCUAUUCGUGCUGGUUUUUCAAGAGCUAACGAAAACAUUCGCUUGGCAUUUUUUUUUAUAUAGAAAGGCGGUGGCUCAGGGCGGCCUAACUCGUAUUAACAACUAACUAACGGGAAACUCUCAUAACAUACGUUUGACUUUGACACAACAUUCGCUGUCAUUCCGGCAAUGAGCUCUUCCGUUCUCAAACUUCUUCUCAAUUUACUCGAAUUCUCUCAUCUGCACAAAUCCCUCAACUUUAUUCGACAGUGUCACUCUCGCAUUUACCCUCUUGGCUUCGCCCAGAACCCGUUCUUGGCAACCAAACUCAUCUCCCUGUAUGCUCUCUGUGGCCUCCCAACUCAGUCACAACUCGUUUUUGGUUUGCUCCCAGACAGGAGCGUGUUCCUCUGGAACGCAAUUAUCAACGCGUACGUGAAAAAUCGAGCUUAUGGCCAGUCUUUUGCUUUGUUCUGCGAGAUGUGUCGUGGCUCUGUGUCGCCUGAUGAUUACACCUUGGCAACGAUGUCGAAAGCGUAUGGGGAAUCAAGAGACUUGUAUGCGGGGAAAAUGAUUCAUGGGAAGACUAUGAGAAUUGGGUUUGUCUGUUGUACCGUUGUAGCAAAUUCUCUUAUGUCCAUGUAUAGUAAAUGUGGGGAGCGCAAAGAAUGCUUGAAACUGUUCGAUGAAAUGCCGCUGAGAAAUGUGACUUCUUGGAACAUUAUUAUAGCUGGGCAUGCAGACCAAGAAAAAGGUAGUUUGGUGCAGGAGAUGUCUCGUGUGGUCAAAGAUAUGGAGAAUGAGGGAUUAAAGCCUGAUGCAUUUACAGUGUCUAGUCUUCUGGGUUUGUGCUAUGAUGAUCACUGCAGCCUGGACUAUGGGAGGGAACUUCAUGGGUAUCUAUUACGGAACGAAUUGGGUAGCAGCCUGGCUUCAGAUGCUCAUCUGGGCUGUUGCUUAAUUGACAUGUAUUCAAGGAGCAACAGAGUUGAUAUAGGGAGAGGGGUGUUUGAUGAAAUGAAGAAUCGGAAUGUUCAUUCUUGGACCGCACUGAUCAAUGGUUAUAUGUUAAAUGGAAAGGUGGAAGAAGCUUUAUGUCUUUUGCGUCACAUGCAGGUCGGAGAUGGAUUAGAACCUAAUAGUGUAUCGCUUUUGAGUGUUCUUCCAGCUGGUAGCUCACUUGCUGGUUCAAGUUUUGGGAGACAAAUCCAUGGAUAUGCGAUUAGAAAGCAAUUAAAUUAUGAUGUUUCUUUAGGCAAUGCUUUGCUGGACAUGUAUUUGAAAUGUGGGAGCUUGAGUUACGCAAGACGAAUCUUUGAUGAUGUUUCUUUUCCUAGAGAUGCAAUCUCUUGGAGUUCAAUGAUUUCUGGGUAUGGGUUGCAUGGGAAAGGAGAAGAAGCUAUCUCCCUAUACUAUAAGAUGCUUCGUCAAGGAUCUAAACCAGACAUGAUAACCAUAGUUGGUAUUCUUUCUGCCUGUGGGAGGUCGGGGUUGGUAAAGGAGGGCCUUCAUCUCUAUUAUGCUGCUGUAUAUGAGUAUGGGCUGGAGCCAACAGUUGAGAUCUGUGCUUGUGUGGUUGAUAUGUUAGGAAGAUCAGGCCAGCUUGAUGAAGCACUAGAUUUCGUCAAGAAAAUGCCAAUAGAGCCUAGUCCAAGUGUUUGGGGAGCUCUUGUGAGUGCUUCCACAAUGCAUGGAAAUUCUGAGAUGCAGGAUCUAGCAUACCGAUCCCUUGCACAUUUGGAACCGGAAAACCCAUCAAAUUACAUCUCUCUUUCAAAUGUGCUUUCUUCUUCCAUGAGAUGGCAUGAGGUUGCUGCUAUCAGAACAAUGAUGAAAGAAAGGGGGUUACAAAAAACUCCAGGUUGCAGUUGGAUAAGCCUUAACAAUGGAACCCACAGUUUUUAUGCCGCUGAUAAGGUGAUCCCAUUUUUCAUUAAUGAUUGAAAGACUUCCUCAGGCGAGUCCGAACACCUUAACCACUUGGGUUACAACCUUGUUGGUUGACGAGGAUGAUUAUGGGUUGUUGAUUCCAAAAUGUCAGAAUCAGAAGCCUGAUACUGUGAUACUGGUGUGUAUUUGAGAGUGUAGAGGAUAAAAAGAAGAAAAGGAAGCAGAAGAAUGAAGAGACAACGGAUGCAAAUGUUCCGCAAAAUGGCUGCUGCUUCUUCAUGCUCUUGCUUCUGUAAUCCUCUUGGUUGGGGUCCUUCAUCCAUCACACUUGGCAAUGAAAGUUGAUGGACACCAUUGUCUUGUUUCACCGGGGCGGCAUAUGGUUGGUGGUUCACCAUUGUCCUGUUUAGCCCUAAAAAUAAAUUUGUACCAGAUUGAUUAUUCUCAAAGUAUUAGUUAUCUUUAUACGGUCAGAUCAAUAAUAACAAUUAAUGUACUAGAUUUUU